GGGAUGAGGCUGGCGAAGGAGUACAGUCCCAUUCUGAGAAUAGAUUGGAAAAGAAAACCGCUUCGUUAGCCAUACCCGACCCUUCUUUACUCUCUCCUACAUCAAAUCUCAUUUUUCACCAGAUCUAACAUUUGAGAAGUGGAUCCACAGCAAACUCAAACCCAACAAAAUAUAUUGAUUCAUGAGUAGAGAAACAAAGAGAGGCAAAAAGAAAGAGAAAACUAGGGAUUCCGGCACCAGCGUUACUCGCCGCCACCGGAGAAGCUGGAAGCGUAAAGAUUAUCUGUAAGUUUUUCUAUUUUCUCUCUAUAGAUAGAAUGAGUUUAGAUUUAAUUAAUUAGGGAUAUGAUGGUUUUUUUCUUACCAAAAUCUUAAAGGUAUAAGUGGUUAGUGUAAAGUUGAAAAGUGAUAUUAGUGACAAUUUUCCUAAUAAAAAUAUAAACAAUAAUAUUAUAGAGUUACACGGUAUAUAAUACUAAAAUGAAAAUUAUAUAUUAUUUUUAAUAAUAUCAAAUAUAUUUAUAAAAUAAAAAAUAUUUGCAUAGACGUGCAAGUUAAAAUCUAGUACAUGUUUAAAAGGAAAACCUAGACAAUGAGCUAACCUCCGCAAUUAUCACCAUUAACGAAUCAAUUGGACUAGUACCAACCACUUUAGAUAUUUUGUGGAUAAGGUGUUAAAAAAAAGGGGAUUCUGGAUACAAUUAACUUUGUAAUUCAGUAAUGACAUUUACAAUGUACCAAAAAAAAAAGGAAUAAGUUUUAUAUAUGAACCUAGCUUCUUAACAUCUCUUUAUAAUUUCUAUAUUAAGCAAAAGAAAAACAUUUUGUCAUCUUCUGUUCUUAUAAUGGAGUAUCUAUUUAAUCAGUGUUUGAUCUAUAUUUCCCUAAAUAGCUUAUGAUUCUGGCAAAAGGUACUACAAGCUCUUGUAACCCCGUUUGUCGCUUCAAACUUCCAAACAUCAUUCCACUUUUAUACUGCGAGGCGUUUUGGGCUUUGUUGAUGUGUCAAAACAAGAGCCGUGUGUCCACGCACAAAACACUCACGGAUAGUAACAAUGGGCCUAGCCCACUUUUAUACAGCGAGGCGUUUUGGGCUUUGUUGAUGUGUCAAAACAAAAGCCGUUAGUCCACGCACAAAACACUCACGGAUAGUAACAAUGGGCCUAGCCCACCUCAGCUAAUGCACCAAAAAGAGAAAGACGUGUCGUUUGUCGUUCAUACUUGCCGUUUCCAGCAAGAGAAACAGCGACCUCAGUGUUUAGUGACUGGACUGUCAAGAUCAGCUCAAGCCGUUCGGAUUAAUCUGACACAAAAAAAAUGUAAAACAAAAAGAUAAUAAAAACACUAUAUUAUUCGUCUGGGGCAAAAUUAAAAAAAAAAACUAAAAUAAAUAAAAAUGAAUAUAAUACAUUAAAUAUUAGAAAUACAUCAUUUAGUUAAAAAAUAACUAAAAACUAAAAAUUCAUACCCGCGCUGGCGCGCGGAUCAGGGUCUAGUUAUUGUUUAUUUUGUUAAAGAAACCAGUGUUUUUUAACCGUUGAGGAUGGCCUUAGGAAGAAUACAUUACACAAUGUCACCAGAUAUUAGCACCUGUGUGGUCUCGAGUCUAGGAUGAUUAAAGUAUGAUCCUAACUCUUCCUAGUUAACAAAAAUACCUCUUUAAUAUUAAAUGAUAAGUCACUUUUAUAUGUAUCACAUUCACUUUUUUUUUUGACAGCAAACAUUCACAGACUCAUGCAGACUCUGUAAACCAAAGUGGCAACUCUGCAUCUAUGUGUAUGACGAAAGAUGGCUGAAUCCGAGAACUGCGUGCCAAACGAUCCGCCUUUGUGUUUUCCGUCCUUGAACGAUAUCUGAGUUGUUGAAGCUUCUUCUCAAAAGCAUAAUAUCUUCUAGGUAGCCUUCAAAUGCUGGCCAUUCUUCUGGUUCCGAAACCAUCUUCACCACUUUAGAACAAUCCGUUGCAAAUGUCACCCAAAAUUAUCUUAAAUUCUUCAUGUAUUCCAUUGCCCAAAUUAAUGCCUCUAACUCCGCAUGAAAAUACUUAAUAUUUUUAGUUAUUCCGCAUAAAAUACUCCGCAUUCCAUUCCAUUCACUUUAAUUAUAAAAAUACUUAAUUAUGUAUGUAUUUUUAUAAAUAAAAGUUUUUAACUAAUGGACAUCAAUUAAUAAUAUUUUUAUGUUUUUAAAUAACAAUCCUUCUUUUAUAUUUUUAGAAAUAACAAACCUGAAAAAGCAUCUUUAAAUCUUUACUAUUUGAGAUAUUUAUUUUUAUAAAUAACAGUUAAGUUAUUUUCCUAAAAUAAGUAAUAUAAGUUUAUUUAAUCCAUUAGAAUUAUUUAAAUAUUAUUUAGAUAUAAAAUAUUUUGGAUAUUUUUAAAGAAAUCUAAUCGAGUAUACAUAGAUUUAUUUUAAAUGUCUUGCUUUAAAAAAUAUAUACCGAUAUGAUUAAUAACAUUUCAUAUAUUUGUUUAAAAUAAUUAAAUAUUUUUAAUAGUCAAUAAUUAAAAAUAUUUAAAUAUUUUUUAAUCAAGGUUUUUAUUUUAUGUUUAACCAGAGCUAUUUUCAAGUGAUAUGAUAGAUAUUAAAAGAAUGAAAGUAAAAAUAUUUUUUAGUGAAUAUACUUUUGAUUAAAUAAUUUGGAAAAUAUAUUUAUAAAAUAAUGUAAUUAAAAAAUAUCAUGUAUAUUUUCUUAAGAAGAUGAGUUUGAAAUGAAUGAUCUGUGAAAAGCUUCACAUAUAUUUAGGAUGGAUAAUACUCGGGAUAAAAAGAAAAGAGUUUUGACAUUGUCUCAAGAAAAAUACGUUGAAAAGGUUUUGAGUCCGUUUGGAAUGUCUCUAGGCAAAGGAAAUGACAACUACAGUGGCUUCACAGCUCAGGUUGGAGAACUUAACUAAGACCGAAAAGUUAGAAGAAACAAAAUUAAUGGAAAAUGUUCCAUAUGCAAAUGUUAUGGGCUUGAUGUACGCAACGAUUGGCUCAAGACCUGACUUAGCUUUUGCAGUGGUAAUGAUGAGCCUGUUUGUGUCAAGUCCAUGAAGAGAACAUUGGGCUGCAGUUAAGUUGGAUUCUCAUAUAUUUUAUAUGUGCAUUAUCAAGCAGUUUAACUUUCACUAAAGGAUCAUAUUAUUGUGUUGAGGGUUUUAGUGGUUCUGAUUAUGUGACAGAUUUAGACAUAAGAAAGUAUGUUGCAUUAUUUGUUCAAGGUUUGAAGCAAUACAAUGAGUUGGAGAACCUUCAGUCUGUGGUUGCUUUAUCCAUGACUGAAAACUGAAUAUAUGGCUCUCUCAGUGGCUACCAGAGAAGUCAUACAGUUAAAAGCUUUCUCUUAAUAGAAGCUUGGACUUCAUCCCUGUUUGUACACGAUUCGGUUGAUUAGAAUGAAGAACUUAGAAAAUGGGGUGACUAAAGACGUUUUAUUAGAAUCAACACAAUGGGUUACAAGACUGAUCAAAGAUAGGAGACAAGAUCAGAGGUUUAAACGACAAGAUCAAAGAGAUGAUUAGGAAACCCUAAAUCUAGCCGCUUAGUAUGUGAUUUGUUCCAAAAGUCCUCUUCUCGUUGCCUCCUCCUCCUCUCUUAUAGUACCCUUGUGCGUGAUGCCCUAAUCGCGCCUAUCCUUUGGGCCUUGUCGCCCAAAGGCCGAGUAUGUGGGCCUCGAUACUAUUUCGUCCGAGCCGAGUAUAGCUGAUCGGCUCAGCUGACCGGCUUAAAGUACUCUAGGGUCGAGCUGACGUUUCUAGCCGCUAAGCCGACUAAGCUCGAUCGACCUUGUCGGGCUAGGGCCUGUUAUAUGAUGGGCCUUGUGGAGGGAUGUAAUCCAUCUCCUACAAUAAGUCCCCCCCCAGUUCACUUGUGAGCGGCUUGUCGGUCUCAGUGAAUUUGUGGGUCGGGUUCGUUCAUAUAAUAGGACCUAAUGUCGACGAUGGCUCGUUUUAUCGGUGUGUGGUUUUAGUCGCGUACCGCAUCUGGUCGCUCCGUGUUGUAUCUUCUCACGAUGCGUUAUGCUUUACUCGGGAGGUAAACUCCUCGAAUGAAGAGCCCAAGCGGUCUUUGGAUGGUUAACUCUGUUGAGUUGGUUCGGGCCAGAACCGGAGAUUAAUUUUGGUCCGGUUUCUUGAUUGAAAACCGGUUUGGGCGAGAAACCGAACCGUCGCGAGUAGGUUUUUGGGCAUUUAGGCGGCCCUUGAAGCCCAUUUAGGCCUUUGUAGACCUAAUGAUGACGCUUCGAAGGGUGCGCCUCGUUUUUGCUAUAAAUAGGCGUCUCUCCUUGGCUUUCGUCAUUCUUCUCUGCAAGCUCAGGUACUCCACUUUCUCUCCCUUCUCUCUACUUUUAUUUUCUCUCUCUAGAUAAGCCUUCCGUAGCGUAGGGUUUUUUGCUAGUGGUCUAGCUAGUUUAGUCGUUCCCCGAGUAGAAAGGAUAUGGCUCCAGGGAAUCGGCUAUCGCGCGAAGAAAAAGGGAAAGACAUAGCUACCUCGCCGAGCCCGGCUAGGGAUGCAGACGGGGGUCCGUUGGAGGAUUUCGACAUAAUCCAUCGUGAUGCUCUGCGGGAUACGGAGAAUAUGAGCCUUUCCCAGCGUCUUCUGGUCGCUGACGCCCAUAGACAAUUUCGCGAAGAAGCCGAAGAAAACGUUGUGAACGAGGAUAGGGAGGCGAGUGGUUCUGAAGCGCCUAGCCUUGUCGUAAGGCCUAGGAGACGGGCUCGUCGAAGGGGUGGCAUCGGCCAGUCAGACCGUUUUCCCGCCCCGAGAAGUGUUCCGUUCGACGAAGUAGACUGCCGUCCUGUGAUUUAUCACCCUGGCGGGAUUUUCGAAGAACUACCUUCGCUGCCUCCCGAAGCGUUACGCGACCCGCGAGUUCAAUCGUGGGGAAACGUUCUCAGUUCCUGCUCUUCCCACGAGACCGUGAAGAGAUUGCUGAGGGAGUGUGGUGGCGCCGGAGUCACCUUCAUUAUUCCUUCGGCUGAACAGCGGCCGUGGUCGCCACCGGUUGGUUACCAAUGCGUGUAUGAAUCCUACUUCAAGGAUCAGACGAAGCUCUGGUUCCCAAUCCCCAGACUAAUCACGUCUUACGCGUUUCGUCGGGAUAUCGCCAUCUCCCAGCUGCUGAACGGGUCGCUGCGCAUAGCCGUCAUGUUGAUGGUUAUGGCCGCGGAGAUGGAUGUUUCGAUGAGCGUGAGAGUAUUUGAGGAGCUAACUUUUACGAAGGCGGAGCCUAACGGGAUCUUCUCGGUAAAGAUGAGAGCGAGUUACAACGUUUUGACCGGUCAUCCCAACAAGACGCAGGAUUGGCAACGUGCAUAUUUCUUCAUUAAGUCCGACGAGCAUGCCUUCGAGGAGCCGCCGGGGGACGAUUAUCGCGUUUUAUGGAAUAAGCAACUUGUUCGUCAUCCCAAUACGAUCGCCUAUCCCGAGAAGUUCUUUGAAACCGCUCAACUGAUCGCGACGCACAGUCAUCUCAGGUGGCCGGAUCUUAGUCGGGAGUGGAUACGUCGACAACAAGCUAGGAUCGCCAGAGUUGAUUGGGAAUCGAGACUUCCUUGUGUACUCGGUCCCCGCAAAUCACGUCUUUCCCUAUUUACUCGGAAGCAACAGAAACUUCUCAACCGAGCUAGAAAAAUGGAGGGAGUUCCCGACUUGAGUGCUUUGUUAAAAGGGAAGCUUCAAAUGCUCUCGACGACACCGUCUUCUGCCGGCGCCUCGGAGGCCAGGCCUGUUCCCGUAGACGGAGAUGCGAACUCCGAGCCGCCAGCUCAGAGUUCCCCAAAGAAGAAGACCAACAAGGCCAAAGCCAAGGACAGGAGUGUCCCUUUGGAAGUGGCGCCAUCUUCUGCCAAUGUCACUGAAGUUGCGGCUAAGAAGAAGAAGAAAAAAGGGAGCAAGAAAAGGUCUCGCGAGGAGGCUUCUGUUGAGGAUAGGGAAACCUCAGCUGCCGUAAGGGAUGAUGAUGCGGAAAGAGACGAUCCAGCCGAUUCUACUCGGGGAUCGCCUGAGGAGCGUCCCAAGAAGAAGUCGAAGAAGAAAGUAGCGGAAGACGAUGGGACUUCAGCUCCCGAGAUUCCUUCCAGAAGUGGAGAAACGGCUACCGAAGUCGGAGAUGGAUCUCGGGGUGAAUCUCCGUCGAGUAAGGGAGCCCCUUCGUCUUCUGCGAGGGAGACCGGUGCGGGAAGCGGAGGUUCGCUUCCGCGGAAGACGGGGGGAGGAGUUCGCUUUCCGGACCGUGUAGAGUUCCUUUACGACGAGGCGACUCCGUUGGUCCUGAAUCCACUUCGGUGUGCUGAACUGACUCGCCAGAUCCGUGGUGGGACCAAAGAGUUGCCGCCGGUCGAGGACUUAUACUUCAAAAAGGAGUAUGUUGACGCGGCUAUGGCGGGCAGACGGGUAAACUCGCUUUUCUCCUAUUUCCCUUUUUCUUCCUUAAAAUUUUUCUAAGUUUUUAAUGCUUCACGCAGAGCGACGGGAGCAUGAAUUACCUCGUGGAGAAGUACG